AGUGCGUCACGCGUACAGCUUUAGUUUAGUGACAGCAGCAGGCUCGUCGCUUGUGACUCACAGCCAAACGACGAUCGGGCCCUCGUUUGACAGUUCGGUGCGUGAAGCCUUUUCACUUGCACUUGUACUCACUAUGGCGGCCGCGGAUCCCCGGUCGUCAAGUGACGGCAGGCCGGCUAGCAAGGGAGGAUACCCGGGCGGGGAGAGCAGCAAGGACCGCGACGGACCGGGCGGCGACAAGGGGCAAGACGAACAGGACCGAGGCAGUUUCGAGUGCAACAUUUGUUUCGACACUGCAAAGGAUGCUGUCAUCAGUAUGUGCGGACACUUGUUCUGUUGGCCCUGUCUACAUCAAUGGUUAGAGACGAGGCCGAGCAGACCACAGUGUCCAGUGUGUAAAGCUGGUAUCAGCAGAGACAAGGUCAUCCCACUGUAUGGGAGAGGAAGCUCCAGUCAAGAGGACCCCAGGUUGAAAACUCCACCACGGCCACAGGGACAGAGAACUGAGCCAGAAAGCAGAGGCGGGAUGUUCCAUGGUUUUAGCGACACCAAUUUUCACAUGUCGUUCGGCAUCGGCGCUUUCCCGUUCGGUUUCUUCACGACGGUUUUCAACGGCAAUGACCCCUUUCACCGAGCAGACCAGUACCCAGGUGAAGCUCACGGCAAUGGCGCUAACAUCAACAACGGGAAUUACAAUUGGCAAGAUUCCCUCUUCCUGUUCGUGGCUAUUUUCUUUUUCUUUUGGCUGUUGAGCGUGUGACGAAGAGGACGACCGGCGGACGGAUAUAAGGACUGGGCUCGCUUCAAUGGAAAUUACAUACUUGACCUGAGCCGCAUAUGUAAAUGUUACAUUUUUGAUGAGAUCCCAAUUUGGGAGAGCAGUUGUUUGCAAAAUCGUGAAAACCAAGCCCUUCCAACCUGCCUUUUGUUUAUGCGGAAGAGUUUAAACAAACUGUUGAAUUAGUCUCUCAACCCCUCAAAAUAUGCCAGAUGACAUACUUUAAGCUCAUUGUUUGAAUAUUCAGUCUGCCUCUGGUUGGGUCGGAAGAGACAGUAUUAUUCGAGUUGUCCAAUAAUGACUUUUUAACUGAAACUCGAAAAAUCCGAUAGCGAUAUAGGCGGUCGUGCACUUAACGUGUUAUUGCAAAUUGUAUUGUGAUGCUCCACUGGAUGCUUUCAUAAUGAUAAACGUAACAACUUCCAGGUUUUCCAAAUACGGGUCGUCCCUGGGUUACGACGACUCGACUUGCGCGAAUUCAACUUAAUGAAGUUGUGGUGAAAAGGAACGUUAACAUCGAUGAUUGCCAUAAUAGCCAUGUUCUUUCCUCUAAAAGGCCAAAGAGUAGCAUUUUGGUUCUGAAUAAUUGGAUUUUAGUGGAUGUAUUUGUCUUGGAAAAAAAUGACUGCCAGUGCACUGUGAUCUCAUUUGAACCUGUCCUGAAUACUGUAUAUGGUUUGAUCCUUUCCAGUUCUGCUUGGGUAGUACCCAAAGCGUCCCAAAAAAAGAGCGAAAGUACAAAGGAGAAAUCUCAAACCAUAUUGGGAGAUUUGAGGCUGACUGGCUAGUUUAACACUGGAACUACCGGGGGUUUUUUUGGCUAUAAAGAAAUACCAGAAAGGCGUCAAAUGACCCCGAUACCAAAUUGACUACUUUGUCAAACAGUAAACCACUCAAACAAGCAAUCAAGCAGCCUAGGUGUGAAGGGGGGUUUCACUCUGGAAAGCUGCAAUUAGCAUCUUGAAUAUUUGCAAAUCCAGACUUGUUACCUCCUGGGUUAGUGUAAAAAUGAUGAGAGGGCCAUGUGGCAUGAAACUACGACUAGCAUCCAGAACUGUAGCUAAACCAGACUGUCUACAUUUUCGAAAAUCAAGCGUUAGAACAUCUGGGACAAAUCCCAUCAAGCACCUUUACUUUGUCUUGACAAGUCCAAUAUUCAGUUGUCAAGGUUCACAGUUUGUUAUGUUGAAGACAGAACAAUGGCCAAAGAACUUUCCACAGCAGCUCAAACAGCUGAUUUGUCACAGAAAACAUAAGCUUCAGUAUACAGUGCAUAGCCUUCUAGGCAAACUGCAGCUUUUAAAAUAUGUAAAAAGGUUGUCCACCCGUUUGCCUGCCUCACUCAAGAUGUUAAUUGGAGCAAUCCAACCCUGUGGUUUUGCAAGUGUGAAUGACUAAUGAGGACGAUAGUGCUCACAAAAGAUAUGCCGAUUAGGGUCAAAUGACCCUUCUCUGGUUACAGAAGUGAUUUGCAUCAACUGAUUCACCCAUGGUAGUUCUAGUGUUAAUGAACUGUGCUGGGAUAUUAGCGAUCAACUGCAUCCUGUACGUCAGAGCGAGUGAUUCAUUUGUACAGUUAUUGUAAAUGUUUUGUCCUUUGAAAUUCAUUAGCUAUGGAGCUGACAACCAGGAUGAUUUUUGUAAAUUUUGCUACCCGAGGUUAACCUAUUCUACAUUGGAGCUUGUGUUCGACUCAUUUCCGAUCCUGUUUGGAAUGACAAGGGGGCUAAUCUUGAUGGGCAUCUCGUUAUCUACUAUGAGGCUAAUGUGAUGCAAAACAACUAAUAAACAGAAAAACAAGCUCUUUUAAUCCUGUAGUGACUUUGUAGAUGUCCAAUUUAUUUAAAGUGGGAGGGUGGCAGCCAUCCCUCCCACUACUUUUAAGCAUUGUUUUUGGCAUCCAUUUUAAUUUUCGUUUUAGACAAAAAUACCUAUUAUAUUUUAGUCAUUUCAAUAUGUGUUCGUCUAGUUUCCGUUGACAAUUCUCAAAAUGUUUUCGUCUAUAAAUUUCAAAAGUUUUAGUCCAUGAAUAAAUAAAAGGUUUCCAACAGUUUCGAAUGAUCAUGACAGACGACAAGGACAUCACUUUCAUGAUGAUAACACACUCAGGAAGAAAACACAUUAUUUGCAAUUAAUUAAACUCACCUGGAUGCCACGAACUGUAUGUAAAAUGUUUCCCCAAGAUUGAGUAACUGCGCUAAAUGCUAAUGCUAAUGAGGCAAAGCACGUCACAUGAGCGACACAACCAAACACUGCUAAAUGCAUUUUAAUUACACAUGCAAUAUGAAAAUAUCACACAUUGUGAAUUUAUGAUGGAAACUGGCGAAUUUCCAUCUUGUUCUGGCUAGAGGUGGGUAGAGUAGCCAAAAAUUUUAAUCAAGUAAGAGUAGUGUUACUUCAAAAUAUUACUCAAGUAAAAGCAGUCAUCCAUAAAAUGUACUCAACUACAAGUACAAAAAGUAUCCAGUGAAAAGAAUACUCAAAUAAUGACUCCCAACUUAUUUUUCUUUGAUAUUUUUUUCUUUUAACAAUAUUUUUUUUAACUGUUGUUAUAAUGAUAAGCAUUAUUUGUCCCAAGAGCAUGAGCGCCCUUUAGUGGAGGAAACAGUUCCUAGUGUGAAUAGUGAACAGUUCCCUCAUAGUUAGUAUUAUGAAAACUAGAAACUGCAAUCUCUGGAGAAAUUACACUAGGGCUUUGCUGUGUGGGGUAUAGAUCAUCGCCCUGCCCAGGUUGGUUUGGGUACAUUUCGGGGACAAUAUCAUGUCACUUCCUGUUGAUUUGGGGACAUUUGGAAGACAAGCCCUGGUCAUACAGGUCAUUUGGGGGUCGUGUCCUGGUCAUAUCAGGUCAUUUGGGGACAUUUGGGUGGCGUGUCCUGGUCAAAUUGGGUCAUUUGGGGACAAUUGGGGGGUGUGUCCUUGUCAUAUCAGGU